CCCCACAGGGCCUGUUUCCAUGUUGUUUGACCCCAAAGGGCCUGUUUCCAUACUGUUGGACCCCAAAGGGUCUGUUUCUAAGCUGUUUGACUCUAAAGGGCCUGUUUCCGUGUUGUUUGACCCCAAAGGGCCUGUUUCCGUGUUGUUUGACCCCAAAGGGUCUGUUUCCGUGUUGUAUGACCCCAAAGGGCCUGUUUCCAUGUUGUUUGACCCCAAAGGGCCUGUUUCGAUGCUCUUUGACUCCAAAGGACCUGUUUCCAUGUUGCAUGACCCCAAAGAGCCUGUUUCCAUGUUGCAUGACCCCAAAGAGCCUGUUUCCAUGCUGUUUGACUGCAAAGGGCCUGUUUAGAUGCUCUUUGACCCCAAAGGGCCUGUUUCCAUGUUGUAUGACCCCAAAGGGCUUGUUUCGAAGCUGUUUGAUCCCAAAGGGGCUGUUUCCGUGUUGUUUGACCCCAAGGACCUGUUUCCAUGACCCCAAAAGGCCUGUUUCCAUGUUGUUUGACUCCAAAGGUCCUCUUUCCAUGUUGUAUAACCCCACAGGGCCUGUUUCCAUGUUGUUUGACCCCAAAGGGCCUGUUUCCAUACUGUUGGACCCCAAAGGGUCUGUUUCUAAGCUGUUUGACUCUAAAGGGCCUGUUUCCGUGUUGUUUGACCCCAAAGGGCCUGUUUCCGUGUUGUAUGACCCCAAAGGGCCUGUUUCCAUGUUGUUUGACCCCAAAGGGCCUGUUUCCAUACUGUUGGACCCCAAAGGGUCUGUUUCUAAGCUGUUUGACCCCAAAGGGCCUGUUUCCGUGUUGUUUGACCCCAAAGGGCCUGUUUCCGUGUUGUAUGACCCCAAAGGGCCUGUUUCCAUGUUGUUUGACCCCAAAGGGCCUGUUUCGAUGCUCUUGGACUCCAAAGGACCUGUUUCCAUGUUGUUUGAUUCCAAAGGGCCUGUUUCCAUAUUGUUUGACCCCAAAGGGCCUGUUUCAAUGCUGUUUAACGCUAAAGGGCCUGAUUCCAAGUUGUUUGGCUCCAAAUGGCCUGUUUCCAUGUUCUAUGACCCCACAGGGCCCGUUUCCAUGCUGUUUGACUCCAAAUGGCAUGUUUCCAUGUUGCUUGACCCCAAAGGUCCUGUUUCCAUGUUGUUUGACCCCAAGGGCCUGUUUCCAUGACCCCAAAAGGCCUGUUUCCAUGUUGUUUGACUCCAAAGGGCCUGUUUCCAUGUUGUAUGACCCCACAGGGCCUGUUUCCAAGCUGUUUGGCUCCAAAGGGCCUGUUUCUAUGUUGUUUGACCCAAAAGGUCCUGUUUCCAUGUUGUUUGACCCCAAGGGCCUGUUUCCAUGUUGUAUGACCCCACAGGGCCCGUUUCCAUGCUGCUUGACUCCAAAUGGCAUGUUUCCAUGUUGUUUGACCCCAAAGGUCCUGUUUCCAUGUUGUUUGACCCCAAGGGCCUGUUUCCAUGACCCCAAAAGGCCUGUUUCCAUGUUGUUUGACUCCAAAGGGCCUGUUUCCAUGUUGUAUAACCCCACAGGGCCUGUUUCCAAGCUGUUUGACUCUUAGGCAUCCGUUAGUCUUGCGAGACCAUGGAUCUGCACCUGGAAGGUCUUCACUCUCCAGGAUGCGGGCCUGGGCAAGGUUGUAUGGAAGACCAGCAGUUGCCCAUGCUGCAAGUCUCCCCUCUCCACGACACCAAUGUUGUUCAAGGGAAGGGCAUUAGGACCCUUACAGCUUGGCACCAGUGUCGUCACAGAGCAAUGUGUGAUUAAGUGCCUUGUUCAAGGACACAACACAUGUUGCCUCAGCUGGGGCUUGAACUCACGACCUUCAGGUCGCUAGUCUAAUGCCUUAACCACUUGGCCACGUGCCCACACUAAAGGGCCUAUUUCCAUGUUGUUUGACCCCAAAAGGCCUGUUUCCAUGUUGUACGACUCCAAAAGGCCUGUUUCCGUGUUGUUUGACCCCAAAGGGCCUGUUUCCAUGUUGUUUGACCCCAAAGGGCCUGUUUCCAUACUGUUUGACCCCAAAGGGUCUGUUUCUAAGUUGUUUGACUCCAAAGGUCCUCUUUCCAUGUUGUACGACUCCAAAGAGCCUGCUUCCAUGUUGUACGACUCCAAAAGGCCUGUUUCCGUGUUGUUUGACCCCAAAGGGCCUGUUUCCGUGUUGUUUGACCCCAAAGGGCCUGUUUCCGUGUUGUUUGACCCCAAAGGGCCUGUUUCCAUGUUGUAUGACCCCAAGGGCCUGUUUCCGUGUUGUUUGACCCCAAAGGGCCUGUUUCCAUGUUGUAUGACCCCAAAGGGGCUGUUUCCAUGUUGUAUGACUCUAAAGGACCUGUUUCUAUGUUGUAUGACACCAAAGGGCCUGUUUGCAUGUUGUUUGACCCCAAGGGCCUAUUUCCAUGACCCCAAGGGCCUGUUUCCUUGACCCCAAAAGGCCUGUUUCCAUGUUGUUUGACUCCAAAGGGCCUGUUUCCAUGUUCUUUGACUCCUAGGCAUCCGUCAGUCUUGCAAGACCAUGGAUCUGCACCUGGAAAGUCUUCACUCUCCAGGACGCAGGCCUGGGCAAGGUUGUAUGGAAGACCAGCAGCUGCCCAUGCUGCAAGUCUCCCCUCUCCACGACACCAAUGUUGUCCAAUGGAAGAGUAUUAGGAUCCAUACACCUUGGCACCAGUGUCAUCGCAAAGCAAUGUGUGAUUAAGUGCCUUGCUCAAGGACACAACACACGUUGCCUCGCCUGGGGCUCGAACUCACGAUCUUCAGGUCGCUAGUCCAAUGCCUUAACCACUUGGCCACGUGCCCACACUAAAGGGCUUGUUUCCAUGUUGUUUGACCCCAAAGGGCCUGUUUCCAUGUUGUUUGACCCCAAAGGGCCUGUUUCCGUGUUGUUUGACCCCAAAGGGCCUGAUUCCAAGUUGUUUGUCCCCAAAGGGCCUGUUUCCAUGUUGUACGGCUCUGAAGGGCUGUUUUGAAGCUGUCUGACUCCAAAGGUACUGUUUCCAUAUUGUAUGACACCAAAGGGCCUGUUUGCAUGUCGUAUGAACCCAAACAGCCUGGUUCCAUGUUGUUUGACCCCAAAGGGCCUGUUUCCAUGCUGUCUGAUUUCUUAAGUGCCACCAUCUCCAUCAACAAACAGGAAAAAGGAAUUUAGCCUCAUACUUAUCAGAUAAUUUCACCCACUGAAUCUUACUCUCCUGAGUUGUCAGAACCGUAAAGUGUAGUACUGAUAAAUGCUGUUGUAAAAAAGUGUGGGAGAAUGGGAAAUAAACAUGGGUUGAGAUAAAAAUCAUGGACUUUCUCACAAAACAGAGGAGCAGAGUGAAGUGGUUAAAUGAUUUCUUCCUAAAUAUAUGUUUGAAUGUGGUAUCCAACAGAAGAGAGGUUAAGUAGUGGUCAGAGUCCCUCAAGAACAUGGCAGCUGGGGAUUUAUAAUCACUGGUAUAAAUUUAUGCUUGUCUUGUGAAUGUUGUGACUCUGAUGUGAUGUGAUGCUGCGGUAAGUUUUUCAUCGCACCUGUGAGGAUUAUGUACUUAUGCAUAUGGUAAAAAACUUGACAAUGACUUUGGGCAUUUGAAGAGCUCGUUGGGUGGAGCUUUGCAAUGGCACCCACCAUCACCCAGUCAGGUAACCCUGGACCACAGCCCAGUCAUCAGUGUAUGGGUGAGGGUGUCAGUGCGUAACUGUGGAGGGGGUGUGUAUUGCUCUGUUAGAACUGCCAUCCUUUUGGGGAAAAUGUUAAGACAAACUUGUUCUGACCUUCUACAUGGACAUUGCUGACCCCACAGCGAUAUUUAUCCUGAUUCUCCUGGUACCAACAGAUAUCACUUUUAGACCAUAAGACCUAGAAGCUGAAUGAGGCCACUCGGCCCACGAAGUCUGUUCGGCCAUUCCAUCAUGCCUGAUUUACUAUCUCCCUCAACGUUAUUCUCCUGUCUUUGGUGCCCUUACUAAUCCAGAAACUAUCAAUCUCUCCUUUAAAUAUACUCAGUGACUUGGCCUCCACAGCCGUCUGUGGCAAUGGAUUCCAUAGGUUCACCAGCCUCUUCUAAAGAAAUUCUUUCUCAUCUCUGUUCUAAAGGGACAUCCUCUAUUCUAAGGUGGCGCCUUCUGUUUCUUGACUCCCCCCACCGUUGGAAGUAUUCUCUCUACAUUCACUUCGUCUCGGCCUUUCAAAUUCAAUAGUUUUCAAUGAGAUCCCCCUUCCUCACCCCCCAAUUCUUCUAAGCUCCAGCUACCACAGGCCCAGAGCCAUCAAACGCACCACAUAUGUUAACCCUUUCAUUCCCGGAAUUGUUCUUGUGAACCACCUCUCUGAUGCCAACACAUUCUUUCUUAGAUAACGUGCCCAAUUCUACAAGUGUAGCCUGACCGAUGUCUUAUCAAGCCUCAGCAUUACAUCCUUGCUUUUAUAUUCUAGUCCUCUCAAAAUGAUUGCUAAAUCGUUUUAAAGCCUUGUUUGCUCAAGCAGGGACCCAGAAUUAGUCACAAUACUCCAUCCUAACCAGUGCUUUACAAAGGUUUGAAUAACUUGUGUCAUAUUCUACACUUUCAUUCAUAAGGCUGUUCUUGCAUGCCUUCCCAACUUAUGGUCUCAGUGUCCAAGGCUUGGACACACAUCCUCAUCGCUUUUCCUCCACCCUCUUUCGAAUGAUACUAUUUGGCUUACACUGCCUGCCCUUCAUCUUACAGAAGUGAAUCACUUCUCAGGCCUAAUGCAGUCUCCCAGCCAUAAAUCUUUCUGCUUUCCUUGUUGAGUUCACUUGCCACCAGAAUGCCUAUAUCUGGCAUCUGGCGUAGGAGUCUGGCUCAACACUCUUCGUUGCUAAACACAUUCUGAAAUAACCUUUCAGUUUUGUGACACUGCUUUUGACAGCCAGGUAUGGGCAUUAAUGCACAGGAAUAAAACAAGGCAACCCUAACAGCGGCCUUGGGGAAGAGGGAGAGGACUAGCAGUCUACAGCCUGACAGCAUGAAGAUUGAAUUCUCCUUCUUCUGGCCACGAACUUAUCAAUCACCCUCGUAGAGGAAACAUCUGAGAAUGUGGAAGACUCACUGUGCAACAUACCUGGGACAACAGAAUUUGCUCUGCAGCUGGAUGAGUCAACCUCGCCAGGCAACAAGUCUUUGCUUCAUAAAAGAUGAAAGCAUGGUUCAAGAAUUGUUACUUGCAAGGGGACGAGAAACAGAUAUGAAAGGGAAUUCAACAUUUCAGGUUUUUGAGCAAUUUUUCCAAUGAGAAAGACAUUCCGCUCACCAACGUUCUUGCCUGUGCAACAGACGAGGCAUCAUCAAUGACAGGACACCACCUUGGGUUAUUACUUUCUUGAAAAAAGCUGUACCUAACA